CCCAAAUGCGCAUCGCUUACCCACUCGUCUUUUUAAGACGAACCAGCUGCUCCUCUGAAAAGACCAUUUAAAAGAGCAUUUAUAUUCAAAAAGGGAAGAAGAGCAACCUUAUAUUUAUUCUAAGAGGAACUCAAACGGGAGAUACCCUAGUGUUUGAAACAGUCAAGAUUUUACAGUGCACAAACUGGAUUCAGUGACGGACAAUCGUUUCGCCGGGUGACCGAGCAGCUCUGUUAAACCUGUUCAGACUAGCUGUCACACGAAGGAGGCGCGAGCUUGGGAUUUUGUUGUCAAACAACAAACAGAUGUGAAAUGCCAACAUCUGUCCCAGAAUCUCCUCAAGCUGAAAAGGAAGCAAGAUUUUCAGGGUUGGAAUAAAAUGCUGCGCAUUACUGUUUUUACCACAGCUUACUUGAAUCUUAAACGCACCUGAGUCGAGGAUUUAUUCUCGACCUUUAUUGUGUUCAGGCUGCUGCUCUCUUCAGCAACGCAACGAAGAGGAUGCUCUUUGCCCUACAUGUGAUUAUCAUGUCUUCGGCGUUUUUCAAUCCCAGUUUUGCCUUCAGCUCCCACUUUGACACAGAUGGAGCCCCGCUGAGCGAGCUUUCGUGGCCUUCGUCCCUGGCCGUGGUGGCUGUCUCCUUCUCUGGCCUCUUCACCUUCGUCUUCCUCAUGCUGGCCUGCCUCUGCUGCAAGAAGGGUGACAUGGGCUUUAAGGAGUUUGAAAACACCGAGGGAGAGGAGUACCAGGCAGAUCUCUCCGCCCUGGCCUCGCCAUCCUCCCAGAAUGGCCCCGAGGUCUACAUCCUACCCCUCACUGAGGUCUCCCUGCCUGUCUCCAAACAGCCUGGCAGAUCCAUCCAGCUGCUGAAAUCAUCAGACCUUGGCCGUCAUAGUCUCCUUUAUCUAAAGGAGAUCGGACAUGGCUGGUUUGGCAAGGUUCUGCUGGGGGAAGUCAAUGCAGGUCUCAGUACCACCCAGGUGGUGGUGAAGGAGCUGAAGGCCAGUGCCAGCGUCCAGGAUCAGAUGCAGUUCCUGGAGGAGGUGCAGCCAUACAGAACCCUCCAGCACCCUGCCCUCUUGCAGUGCCUGGCACAAUGCUCAGAGGUCACUCCUUAUCUGCUGGUCAUGGAGUUCUGUCCUCUGGGUGAUCUGAAGAGUUACCUGCGCAGCUGUCGGCUGGCUGACUCCGAGACUCCUGACCCGUUGCUCCUCCAGAGAAUGGCGUGUGACAUUGCCUCAGGGCUCCUGCAUCUCCACAAAUACAACUUUAUUCACAGUGACCUGGCCUUGAGGAACUGCCUGUUAACUUCAGAAAUGUCAGUCAAGAUUGGAGACUACGGCCUUUCUCACAGCCGAUACAAGGAUGACUAUUACAUAACACAAGACCAGAUUUGGGUGCCCCUGCGCUGGAUUGCACCAGAACUUAUAGAUGAGGUCCACGGAAACCUGCUGGUUGUUGACCAAACAAAAUCCAGCAACAUAUGGUCGCUGGGAGUGAGUGUGUGGGAGCUUUUUGAGCUGGGAAACCAGCCGUACAGACACUACUCUGACAGACAGGUGCUGACAUAUGCUGUGAAGGAACAGCAGCUCAAACUACCCAAACCCCAGCUCCAAUUCCCCCUGGCUGAGCGCUGGUACGAGGUGAUGCAGUUCUGCUGGCUGCAGCCUGAGCUCAGACCCAGCAGUGAGGAGGUACACCUUCUGGUCACAUACUUAUGUGCCAAAGGCUCCAGUGAGGCUGAAGAAGACUUUGAGCAACGCUGGAACACCUUGAGACCCAACCUGCUGGGUAGCACCUCGCACACAGUUACAUCAGCAGCCUUAGUCCUUACCCCCACUCCUGCCUCAGACAAUAUUGCCGGUGGAGAACAAACCCAAACAGUGGAGCUGGCCUCCUCUGCCUCGUCGUCUUUCCCCCUCCUGGAGCACUUCUCUGACAGCUUCCACUCUGAUACAGGGGAUGACCUACUGACUGUCACAGAGACCAGCCAUGGUCUCAACUUUGAGUACAAGUGGGAACAGGCAAGAGCUGAACAGCCGUACUGCUCCUCCUCUACCAGUGGGCCUCUUGGUCAGGGGAACCCACAUUAUCAGGAUAUCUACUAUUCAAGUAAAGGAAGCACCUCAGGGGGCUGCAAGACUGAUAGCCUGACCUCAGGAAGGUCCCCAUCCUACUAUGAACCUGAACACCCAGGAGUUGUCCCAGUGUUAAGUGCCCACAGCCCCUCAGUCAGCAGUGAGUACUACAUCCGUAUAGAAGAACCAGUAGAGUGUAACAUUAACCUAGAUGACAGUGUGGUGGACUACAGCCCUGGAAUGGAGGCCAGCAGCAGCAGGUUGUCCUCUGAAAGCCGUACUGUUUGUUCCAUGGCACAGCCCAGUGCUUACUGGUCAACUGCUGAUGUCACCAAAUCCCCCGCCUAUGACUCCGAUUCAAGCCCCACUGUCCAUCUAACAAUGGAGCCACUGCUCAGACAUCCAUCCAGCACCAGUCCUGUAAAGUUAAGCCACUCCCAAAACUGCUUCUCAUCCAGUCAAGAUGACACAAUCUACUGUGAGCAGUCAUCUGCAUUCAAAACGCGACAUCAGUCUUUUACGUCUGAACAGGAUUCAUCCCCAGAGUCCAGAUCAAACCUUCUUCAUCCUGUUGGACUUGAAAACCCACGUGGUUUGUCACAAGCAGUUAGCAGCCCAAGUUUAGGGUUCUGCGAUCCCUACCUUGAAGCAAGCACUGGUCAUAGCACGGUUAAUGAAAGCUGCCACAGUAUAAUGGGUCCACUUAGAAAACCAGUACCCAUUGUUAAUCACAUUAACAUUGAUGUAGAGACAGAUGACGGCCUGUUGGUGGGCCAGCAGAGAGGCGAAGAUGCUGAGGAUGACCUUUACUCUGAAGGAGAGGCCACUAACUGGACCUCAAACCAUUCAGCAAACAACAACAGCCUGAGUUUUGACAGCAGACAAACUGUGAGUGGCCAUGACUACUAUUUAGACCUUCAGUACACAAACACAACUGAGUUAUGGUCGCUAACCAAGGCCACUACUAAAACCUUCCAAAGCUCUCGGUCUGUUGGUGCAUUGGAGAACGAAGGAGGACACUCUGGUUGUAAAGCUGCUAGCAAUUCCACUGAGUUGGGUUCAUAUAUUCAUUUAUGCCGCAAAGAAAGGGAGGAAUCUGCAACUCAGAUGGAAAGAAACACAAAUUCAAGGAGUCUUAGAAGUCUUGAUUCUAUUACCAGCUCCAGUAUGAAUACUAGAAGUACAGAAAAUGGAAGGAUGGAUGAGAACUAUGAAAGGCAAUUGUUGCUUAACUCAGAUAGACUGUACUCUGAACCUAAGAUGAUACCCGAGGUCAGCUAUAUAAAGUCCCCAUCCUCUUUUAAGGAGCCUCAAUCAGGCACCUUGUCAGUCAAGCAGAGAGGGAAGAUCUGGGAUGGGGUGUCAACAGGAAUCUCUGUCGGUCUUGGAGACAAGAGGCUAAGCUAUCCAGAGAUGUCAGAAAGUAGCAGAGUUUUGGAUAGUGGAUUGGGUGUCAGAGAGUCCAUCAAUGGCCUGGCUGAGCUCGGAGACUACAGUGAGGACGAAGACGAUGACAUCACAGAUAUCACAUCAGGGAUCUUCGCUGACUUCAACCUGGAUUUUGUCGAGGUAGACGAGGAUGAGCUGAGCCCAUUAAAGAAUCCAAAAGGAACUCCUGACUCUGUUGACACUGUCAACUUGUCCUCGUCCAUGGCAAGCCCAUGUGAUCAGGCCUUCAGUCCUGAUCCUUUUAACACCCCUGUCCUCCCUAAAUCCUUGGACAGUGGCUACGACACGGAGAACAACGAAUCUCCAGAGUUUAUCUUCAAAGAGCUCGGAGAUCCUCUUGGUGGUGAAAGGCUAGUUGGAGAACCUGAACUAGUACUUCAGAUGGGGUUGGGCCAAACUGUCUGCACUUCCACAUGCAUCUCAGAGUUGCAGCUAAAGGGCCUGACAGAUAAGAACCCAUACCGUGACUCAGCAUAUUUCUCUGACUAUGAUACUGAAAAUGAGAGAAGUCCUAAAGACGAAGACAGUAAGUUCUACCCAGAUGCAACUGAUCGAGACUUCCCUGCUGAGAAAUUAAGUUCUGUUGACAAUGAACCUGUCAAAAGGCAAUUCUUCAGUGAUGACCAUUUAACAAAUCUGAGACAAAUCAAAAGUUCUGUUUUGGUGGAACUCUCGGAGGCCAACUCUAGUUCACCCAAUGACAUCUCCACCCCUGGGUUGUCCAUGUUGUCACCAUUUCCCCCACAGAUGGGCGGUUGUCUGACCAAAGAGUCGGCCCCUGCAGAUGAUGAUCUCGGGUUGGAACACUCAGGAGAGGAGCCCACUUCAGAUCUUAGCUCCUCUGUUGGCUCUGAAGCCUCUUCCACAGCCCAAGAAGCAUCUAGAAACCCUGAGGAGGGGAACCAAAAGGAAGAUGAUUGCUCCCCUGUGCAGUCUUGUCAUUCUGACUCCACCAUAGACUACAGAGAUGACAACCAUAAGGAAAACGAUGGAUCCACAGAGGAGGAAGAGCUGCCUGAGUUCACUCACGUCAAGGAAGAGACAGAGGACAGAAGGGAGGGAGUCAGGAUAAACGAGGAGGAUUUCGAGGACAUAGAUGCAGAGGAAUGUGACUCGCAGGACAGUUUAUGUGAGAUUUCAAACGGUGCUGCUGAUCUUUCCACAUCUUCGUCAUUACUGGAGCUGUGUGGUGAAGAUGUGAGGGCUCCGCUGGAGGAGGCAGAGGAUGAAGAUGACUCGGAUGACAGCGAGUCUGACGAAGAGUUGAGAACAUAUAACAUCCAAGAUGAAGACAGUGAAGAGAGCGAGGAGGAUUUUAGCACAGUGCCAGUGGUUGUAAGCGACUGCAGCAGGGCCAGACACCUCCGCAGCCUCCUGAAGAUGCCGACCCUCCUCAGCCAGUCCUUCUGCGAUGAGUUAGAGAGGAAGAAAAAGGCUGUGUCCUUUUUCGAUGACGUUACAGUAUUCCUUUUUGACCAGGAGAGUCCAACAGGAGAGCUGGCUGACUUCGCCUUCUCCACAGGAACAGAGGCCGGUGGGGAGGAAGUCUUGAAGGAGAAAAACCCUGGCCAGCUGCAGCCUGACCCUGAGGUUGAAGCUGAAUCCUGUGAAACUGUCUGUGAUGCCGAGGAGACGGAGGCGAACAACUCAGUAGAGGCAGGGGAUAAUGAAUGGGAAGAUGAUGUCUCAUUAAAGCCCUGCCCAUCCUCACCUGACACCAUCCCUGGGCCUGAGUCCUCACCCACAUCCACCUCCAACAGUCCUGAGAGUCCUAAACCUCCAACUGUAGCACUCAACCGAUUUAUGGUGUCACGAUUCUCUAUCACACAUGUCUCCGACCCCCACAUGGGCUCAGCUGCAGGAAACAGUGAAGAUGACCCAAAAGACUGAGUGCAUCCCAACCCUGACUGGAGAAGGACGUGUUUCUUCUCGACACAGAAAAGCAGCAUUAUUAUUAUAUUUAGAUGUUUUACAGAGUUUUAUUUUUAUCAACGUUUGGGCAUCCAACAGUGGUGACCCUUUAUGAGACAGUGCCUCAUACUGUAGUGAAAGACCCUCAGUGAUUUGCACAUUAUCUUUAUUUUCUGAAGUUAGAGUGACAGCUGCUGGUAUGGCAACCAGGUUUGGGACAAAAUAAGAUCAGAUAGUUUGCAGAAAUAGAUAUAUUUGUUUUUUAACCUACAGUAUAUGAUGACAAUAGCUUAUUUGCUGAAUGCAACAUCAAUUUCUGCUGGUGCCCUCGCGGUUUUAUUUAUUUGUGAUGUUCAAAGAUUUAAAGUUUAAAGGAAAUAAAAAAUAGUGCAAUGACAGGCUUCAUAGCUGCUCCUCUCAUGUUGCCUUGGUCCAUCUGUUUACCAUUGAUCUGACAUUUUAAAGACUGUUACAGUGUCAGAGCCAGAGAACAAUGCUUGAUGAUUGUUGUGUAAGACACUUUGGUGGAUUUCCAAAAACAAAAUAUAACUUUUUUUGCAACUGUGGGUGGUGGUAAUAGUGUUAAAGAAGGAGGUGCUGAAACUUCACAGUAUUUUUGUCCCUUAACUAAGUCAUAUCCAAACCAUAGAAACAAUGGGACUCAGUGUUCUGUGUAAAUGGAAAUCAAGGUCUUACCACUCACUUAUUGCUACAUUCACUGGUUAAUGCUGACUUAUGAUACAUGUCUGCAGCUACCACAUCUAUCUGAAGCACUUUGUAUAGCCAAACUGGGUCUUUAUUUGUAGAAGUCAUUGCUUUAUUGCACCUCAUUUCCCCAUCCUGGAAUGAAAUAUCCAAACGUGAGGUUCCCUACUUGUGCCAGAUACAGAAUCAGUUUAUUUUGUGGCAUAAUACCUUAGUUUUUUACAUUUCAUCAGCAAUAGAAUGACACCAAAGGGAUGGAGAGGUGUUUCAUCACAACUCAGAAGUAUCAUGUCAAUAUGCCAGUCAUAAAUGUUGAAUGUCAGUAUCAUCUUUUCUACGUCUACGUAUUGUCCAUAUCCUCACACAUAAUGUACUCUAUGACAUUUGUGCUGAAUGCUCGGGUAAGAGGUGUACAGAAAAAGACAUUCAAAAAAAUGACACAUCUCACAUAAUUGUAUGAAUGUUUGAUCAACAUGUAGCAGGUAGCUUGACUUGAAUUACUACUGCUGCACAGACAGCACCCCUCCCCCUCUCCAUGCUUCUGUAGCUCAAAGUGCCAAUUCUGUUCCCUCUCACCUUGCCUUCUACGCUCUGCAAGAAGAGAAAAACAUCUCCAGUAUUUUUGAAAAGUACCAAUCCAGGAUGACAGCAGCUCAAAUUUGCCAAAGAGAUAUCUCAAAGCCUAUUGGCUCAAAGUGGCAGACACCUUUGGAGACAGUGAGGCGGGCUGUU